AUGGCCAUGAACGCUCCCAAGGGCAAGGGCAAGCAGGGCGGCGGCAAGGGUAAAGGGUCCGGCAAGCCUCGCGGCGGUCCUGGAGGCGGCUACACCUCGAAACGCCAGGUCGGCGGCAAGGGCAUCUUUGUCACCACCAUCCGCGGCAAGGAGUCGCGCUGCGUCGGCGAGAUGUACGACCUCCUCGACGAGGUCGCAGACCGCCUGUACCCUCCCGAGCGCAUCGACAAGAUGGUCGCAGCUCGCCAGGCCGACAUCGACGCCAGAAAGGCCCUCGGUCCACCCGCACCCGCCGCAGACGCCGACGCCGCCGACCCGUCCCCCUCUCCCACUUCCGCUCCUCCUGCGCCUGCCGCCCCGACCGCCCCUGCCCCGAACUCGGACGACGACUACGACGACGAUGACGACGACAUCGAGGCGAGCAUACAGCGCGAGCUCGCCGCCCUCAAGUCGGGCAGGGGCAGCGGCAAGAUGGCGCCGGGUAGGACGGCGGCGGGAGGAGCACCGGGCGCCGACGGGCAGGACAAGGGCAAGAGCAAGGAGCGUCCGCGCUUCCAGAGCAUCGCGACCGACACCGAGUGCUUGUGCUUCAUCGCGACGGCGUGGCCUUACGACCCGGUCGAACUCACCGAGGCGCUCGUCGCCGAGGUGCAAGAGACUGGGCAGUCCCGCACUCGCUUCGUUCAGCGCCUGUCGCCGACGACCAUUACGUGCCACUCGCUCUCGCUCGAGCAGGUCGAGCAGCAGUCGGCGGGCCUGAUCGAGAAGAGCUUCGCGAGCUGGGCCGCAGCCAACAACAAGACGACCGUCACCUACGCCAUCGAACCUGUCCUUCGCUCCCACACCCAGCCCCUCUCGCGCCACCUCCUCCUCCAGCUUCUCGGCUCGCUCACCUCGCGCCUCUCGUCCGCGCCGACCAUCUCGUCGCCCGUCCCGGACCGGCCCAUCCUCUCGGUCCGCGCCGACCUCAAGAACCCGGACCUCGUCCUCCUCCCGACCGUCCUCAAGAACGUGUACGGCCUGAGCGUCGUCGAGGGCCACCUGUGGAAGAACAAAAAGUUCAACCUCGAGCAGAUCGCGCUCGACGUCGGGAGGAAGAGGCUCGAGCGCAGCGAGGCCGACAAGGCGGCGGCGGGAGCGGGUGCGAGUGCGAGCGAUGUCGCGGCGAGCGAUACGGCGGGCGCGAGUGCUGCGGAAGAAGGCGGCGAGGCGGCGGCGGUGCCGGUUGAGCCCGGGUCGAGGGACGAGGCAGCGGCCGUGUAGCCAUCUGUGAACGCUUGAGCGAUGAUGCGCAGCCUCU